CGCGGGGGUCGCCGGGCCCGGGGUGGCCGUGACGUCUGGCCCUGGGCGGGGUCAUGCAAAUGACGGCGCGGUGACGCCGCGGCGCAUCUUCCGGAGUCCGUCGACAAGGGGCGGAGCCUGGGUUGCGUGGGCAGCCAACCGCGCUCGCGUAUGCAAAUACCCACAAGCCCCGCCUCCAGGCGCGGUGCUCCGGCCGGGCGGUCCAGGCGCCCGGGCGCUACUUGCAGUUCGCGCCCCGCCGCCGGGGGUCGCCCGAGCGCCGCCGCCCUGCGCAUGCCUGCCCGGGAGCGCGCGCAGCCCCACCCGCCCGGCCCCAAGCCCCGCGCCCGCCCACCGCAGUGCCAGCCUGGGUCCUGGGAGCAUCGCAGGAGGACCCGGAGGAUCGUGUUUGCGGACGAGCUGCGCACCCAGGCUUCGCUGCAACCAGACAGGCCUCCUGGGGACCUGGUACCUUGCUCCAACCCAGUGCCCGACUACGAGCUUAAGUACCCGCCAGUGCGCAGCGGCCGGGAGCGCAGCCGCUAUGCCGCCGUGUUCCAGGACCAGUUCUCCGAGUUCUCGGAGCUGCAGCGGGAGGUGGAGGCGGCGCAGGCCAGGCUCGGGCAGCUGGAGGCCCUGCUGCUGUCGCUGCCUCGGCCGCGAACUCAGAAGGAGGCUCACUUGGCAGUUCGUGUCAGGAGAGAGUUUGAGAAGAAGCGGUCGGAUCCUGGCUUCCUAGAUAAGGAGGCUCGCUGCCGAUACCUGAAGGGUAAACUGAGGCACCUCAAGGCCCAGAUCAGAAAAUUUGAUGACCAAGGGGACAGCAGCAGCGAGGAGUCUGUGUACUUCUAAGUGUCGUGCAGAUGGUGGCUGGCUCCUCCUUCCAUGAGGAGCCGCACUCCAGUUCCUCCAGGGAAGAGAAACCUGUGGAAGAUCCCAGAGAAUAAACAUGGAUUAGAUGCC